AUGGAUAGAAGUAGAGAGUCUGGAGAGCAGGGGGGAUUUGCUGGUGGAGGAGUGGGGACUCACCAACCAGCCAACCCUACGCUACCUACUUCUUCUACACCAUCUCCUACUACCGUGGAUCCUGUGAAAGCUUUCUCUAUUGAGAAAUUCAUAGUGGAGGAUUACGAGCACUGGAUUUUCCGCAUGAGGUUGAUGUAUACCCAAUACAAGCUAUUGGAUUUGGUGGAGGGAAAGGAGAAGAUGCCGGAGGCCGCGGAGCUGAAAGGAGCGUGGAUGAAGCGAUCGUUUGACGCGUACAUGCUCAUGGUGCAAGCGAGCGUGGAUUACAUUCGCGCGCGCAUCCUAGAGGAGGAUCUGCGGCGGCGGAGUGUGGAGCGCUCGGAGGAGGGGGCUGGCUAUGGAUUUGGAGGUGGAAAGAGUGGCUUCAAGAAUAAGUGGAAGGGCAAGAAUAGGGAUAACCCUAAGGAGGAUGGCGGCGGGGGUCAAGGGGAGGUGUGCUUCUACUGCAAGAAGCGCGGACAUCGUUGGCGGAAGUGCUACCAACGACCCAAGGAUUGGACCCCGCCUUCAUCAAGCAACCAGCGUGGUGGCACGAGGAGUGGGGGAGUCAUGGGAGCUAGUGGAGAGGAGAAGGAUGAGGAGAAAGGCGGCAAAUCUGAGGAGCGGAAGGACGGGUUCUUCUUCUUCGUGAACGAAGGCGCAACCGACCUCGCUAUGGCUGCCAAGAGCUGA